ACUAUUUUAACAUCUAAGCAAUUCAUUGUUUAAAUAAUAAAUAAUAAAAAUGAUUAAAAACUGACUUUUGUCUCUUAAUUGAAAUCUACAUGCGCAUCUUAAAUGUUUUCAGUUAAUAAAUCUAUGGUAAAUGAUAUUUAAAAAUCGGAAAAAUAUAUUUUAUGUGGAAAUAGGGAUUAUUUUACUGUCUGGAAUAGGUGGUCUUUUAGCUUUAAUUAGUGUAUGCUUCAGAGGCUCAUGGAUCUCUCAAGAAUAUUUUGAUAAAAUACAUAUCCAUAGGAGUCGAGAUCAUUUGACUAAAUGUGAAGCAUCUUGUUGGCUUGCAAUAAUUGGAACAAUAUGUUGCGUAACCUCAUCAUUUAUUGGUGCAUUGAGAAUGAAGUAUUGCAAUGUUAAGGAGACGAAAAAGUAUAAAACAGCACAAUUCAUUAAUUCAAUAGCUGGAUUUAUUAGUUUGUUAAGUUCCGUGUCUGUUUGGGCAGAUUUUCUUUGUCAUCUUCCAUAUGAACUAAGUACAACUUAUCAAUUGAAUAAAUUAACUUUUAAUCAACAUAAACAACCAAUUAAGAACAGGAAAAUAUUUGUACCUCAAACUGACAAUAAUCAAACUAAUAUAUUAACAAUUUCUUCAAUGUUACAUCUUUCUCGUAAUUAUUCUUUAUCUAAUUGGAUAAAAUUUAAAAAGGAUUUAAAUCAUCUUGAACAUUUACAUUAUAAUGGAAAUUAUUUAUUUGGUUGGGCAUAUUGGUUUUGUGUAGUAUCAGUUAUAUUUUUAUUUUUAAGUAAUUUGAUUUAUUUAAUGAGAAAAGAUUGUGAAGAUGAAAGACCAGUUGAAAUUGUUUUCACUUGACAACAAAAACUCUAAAAUGUUAUCAACUAUUGAAUCACUAUUGAAUGUAAUAGUUAAAUGUGUUAUUUAAUCUCAAAUACAAA